AGUUGAGAGUUUGAAAAACAUGCACAAAUUGAGUUUGAUUUGUCUGCUGCUGGCCAGCACGGCGUGCACGCUGGCGCAGCAUAAUCCGCAGUGGUGGGGCAACCGCAACACGAUUGUGCAUCUGUUCGAGUGGAAGUGGAACGACAUAGCGCGAGAGUGUGAGCAGUUUCUGGCGCCGCAUGGUUAUGCAGGCGUGCAGGUGAGUCCUGUGGCGGAGAACAUAAUCGCCAAGGGUCGUCCUUGGUGGGAACGGUAUCAGCCCAUUAGCUACAAGCUGGAGACACGCUCGGGCAAUGAGCUGGAGUUUGCGUCUAUGGUGAGACGCUGCAACGAUGUGGGCGUGCGCAUUUAUGUGGAUGUGCUGCUCAAUCACAUGUCUGGCGACUUUGAGGGCGUAGCUCAUGGCACAGGCGGCUCUGUGGCCGAACCGCGCGCCAAGUCCUUCCCAGCUGUGCCGUAUACCAAUCAAGACUUUCAUCGCAGCUGCGAAAUCUACGACUGGAACGAUCGCUUCCAAGUGCAGCAAUGCGAGCUGGUGGGCCUUAAGGAUUUGGAUCAGCGCGAGGACUAUGUGCGCGUCAAGCUCAUUGAGCUGCUGGAUCAUUUGAUUACCUUGGGUGUGGCAGGCUUUCGCGUGGAUGCAGCCAAGCACAUGGCAGCAGAUGAUCUGGACUUUAUUUACAGCGGCAUGCGUAAUCUGAACACUGAGCAUGGCUUCCCUAAGAACGCGCGUCCUUUCAUUUACCAGGAGGUCAUCGAUCAUGGCCAUGAGACUGUUUCACGCGAUGAGUACACGCCGCUGGGCGCUGUAACCGAGUUCCGCUUCUCCGAGGAGAUUGGCAAGGCAUUCCGCGGCAACAAUGCGCUGAAGUGGCUGCGCAGCUGGGGCACUGGCUGGGGCUUUUUGCCCUCGGAGCAGGCGCUUACCUUUGUGGACAAUCAUGACAAUCAGCGCGAUGGUGGUCAGGAGCUGAACUACAAGUCGCCCAAGCAGUACAAAAUGGCUACAGCCUUCCAUUUGGCCUAUCCCUACGGCAUUAGCCAGAUCAUGAGCAGCUUUGGCUUUGAGGAGCGCGAUCAGUCGCCGCCACAGGAUGCGCAGGAGCGCAUUAUAUCGCCAGAGUUCAAUGCUGAGGGCGCGUGUGUCAAUGGCUGGAUCUGCGAGCAUCGCUGGCGUCAAAUCUACAACAUGGUGGAGUUUAAGAACGUGGUGCGUGGCACUGAGCUGAGCAACUGGUGGGACAAUGGCGACAAUCAGAUUGCCUUUUGUCGUGGCAAUCGCGGCUUUGUCGCGUUCAACAACAAUCGCUACAACAUGUGGCAAAAGCUGCAGACUUGCCUGCCCGCUGGCAACUACUGUGACGUCAUCUCGGGCAGUCUAGUGAAUGGCGCAUGUACUGGCAAGAUCGUGCAGGUCGAUGAGCAAGGCUAUGCCUACAUUAGCAUUGAGGCUGAUGAGUUCGAUGGCGUGCUGGCGAUUCAUGCCGAGGCGCGUCAAUAGUUUAAAAAAAAAUGCAGAACUUCGGUUCGGUUUUGACAAAUUUAUUUUUGCAAAUGACAAUAAAACGCACAAAAAGUUGAAGUAUA